AUGUUAGAUGGUACUAUUUCACAGACUGGUCACAUUUGGCACCAAGUUCAUCUCACAGUUUUGGCCAAUGGCCACACCCAUUCCAUUCCUUUCCUAGUUUGUCCAAUAGGCAAAACCCCAGCUAUACUUGGCAUGACAUGGCUCACUAACAAAUCUCCCUUAAUUGACUGGCAACAUGGGAUAGUCACAUUCCCGGAACAGGCACAGAUAGCAUCAGAGGAGGAGGCAGAUCCCAACCCCUUGGCAGAUCUACCAGAACAAUAUUCAUGCAACCACUUGUACUGGUCAUGUGACCGUGUCCAGGACAAAUAUCACAAGUUUGCCAAGGUCUUUGGAGAAGAGGAAUUCAAGACCCUUCCGCCCCACAGGGAAUACAACAUAUCCAUAGACUUCUUGCCAGAUGCCAAGCUAUCCCCUGGACCAAUUUAUGGCAUGACUGACUCAGAAUCAAAAGCGCUAAAGCAACAUAUUGACAAGGAGCUGGCAACAGGCAAAAUCUGCCCUAGUACCUCCUCCGCCAGUGCACCAGUCAUGUUUGUUAAAAAGGCAGAUGGUUCUCUUAGGCUAGUGGUAGACUAUUGGAAGCUCAAUGACGUCACCUACAAGAAUGAACGCAAAAUUGUUUACCAAGCUGGACGCUGGGGGUACAACAACAUCAGGAUCAAGGAAGGAGAUGAAUGGAAGACAGCAUUCAGGACAAAAGAUGGGCUAUUUGAAUAUCUGGUAAUGCUGUUUGGCCUUACUAAUGCCCCAGCCGCCUUCCAACAUUUCAUGAACAACUUGUUUAGGGACCUCAUUGACGUCACUGACCACCCAACCCAUGACAGGCAAGUCCUAUCACAGCUAAUGAUGAAUCAGUUGUUUUGCAAACUUUCAAAGUGCCAUUUCCACGUUACUAUGGUUGAUUACCUUGGCAUUGUCAUAUCCCCUGCAGGCUUCUCAAUGGACCAGAAGAAGAUUGAGGCAGUCAUGUUGUGGCCCCAACCCAAAACAGUCAAACAAGUCCAAGCCUUUUGGGUUUUAAGAAAAUCCUGGACAUGGAGUACACAGGAAGAAGAAGCAUUCCAGGAGUUGAAAUCCCUGGUUACCCAGUCACCAGUGCUAAUUCAUUCCAAUCUGGACCUCCCCUUCUACCUAGAAACAGACACAUCAGGAGUAGCCAUGGGAGCAAUCCUAAGCCAGCAAGGAGAAGAUAACCACCUACACCCAGUUGCCUAUAUGUCCAAAUCCUUCUCUGGUGCCAAAGCCAACUACAACACACAUGACAAAGAAUUGUUGGCCAUCAUCAAGGCACUAGAGGAAUGGCGGAUCUUCUUGGAGGCAACAGUCAAACCAAUACAGGUAUUCACGGAUCAUAGGAACUUGGAAUAUUGGGUGCAGGCUAGAACAUUCAAUUGGAGGCAUGCCUGGUGGCGCAUCUUCCUGAGCAACUUCAAUUUUGAGAUCCACUAUUGUCCAGGGAAACAAUCAGGGAAGCCCAACGCACUGUCUAGACAUUCAGAUUAUAAGGAUGAGCCCCAAAAACCUGAAAUCAUGCUACCAUCAGAAGUUUUUGCCAAUAUGUUGGAAGAAGAGCUUGAAAUCAUCACGGAAAUCCGCAACAGACUAAGGGAAGACCCUUCCCUAGAGCCCAUCAUCCAGUUCCUGACAGAAGAUGCGGACAAUGCACCUCCAUCUAUCCAGAAAGCAUACAAGGAUUAUGACUGGGAAGAAGACUUGCUAUGGGAAUUCCAUGACUCCCCCCUGGCAGGACACCCCGGACAACAAAGGACCCUCAAACUCCUAAAUUGGAAUUAUUGGUGGCCUGGGAUGAAAUCCUUGGCAAAGGAAUGGGUAGAAUGUUGCCCAGUAUGCCAAGCCAACCAACAAGCUCAUGCACCAGUCAUUGCCCUUAAACCCCUAGAAUUGAACGGGCAUGAUGCAAUACUAGUAGUCAUUGACUCCUUUUCCAAAUUUGGACACUUCAUCCCAACCUCAAAGAAAGUUUUGGCCAAGGGUCUAGCAGACCUAUUCAUUAGUCAUGUGUGGAAACUUCACGGGUUACCAGUCAAAACAGUCUCCAACCGUGGAACAACUUUCACAGGGAAAUUCCUAAGGGCACUCUAUCAACGCCUUGGGGUCAGACCAGCCUUCUCAUCAGCCUACCCCUGGAAUCAGACAGACAAACAGAAAGGAUCUUACAUUGCAGCAGACCACUUGGACUGGGCCACCUGGUUGCCAUUAGCAGAAUAUGCUUACAACAAUGCUAGACAUGCCGCCACCGGAAAGACCCCUUUGAAUUAG